AUGGCCUCACCCGCCGCCACCUCCGACGACCUCUCCACCUUCGGCAAGUCCUCCCUCCGCCUGAGGCUGGACCUCCAGCCGCCGCAAGUACUACCCGAGAGCUCCGACAGCGGCGUUGAUCGGGCGGUGGCGGAUCUCCUCGCCGCGGCGUUCGCCGGCGACAUCCCCCGCUCGAGGAAGUCGGCGAGGAAGCUGGCCAAGGCCGGGAAGGGCGUGGACGAGGCGGUGGCGGCCGUCGGCGACCCGGAGAGCAAGCGCCACGGGGCGCUCCACCUGGGCGCAGCGGCUGGUAAGGUGGAGAUGUGCAAGCUGCUGAUCGAAGAUUUCCAAGCCAACGUCGACGCCACCGACGUCGAAGGAUUCUAUGAAGUAGCAGAGUUGUUAAUGUCCAAAGGAGCUGAUGUUGACCCCAUCUGCGAGAAUGGUGGAGCACCAGUACACAUUGCUGCUAAAAACGGGCAUGCAAAAGUGUUGAAGUUAUUGUUGCGGAAUAAAGCAGAUGUGAUUAUUCCUUUCCUUUCGCAUUCUUAG